CCUUCAAAGAACUGCCAUUGCCAUUCUGUCUUCAGUGUGAAACAGUCCCUAAAUUGGGUAGGCCGCAGAAGUCUUGCAGGGGCUAACUAGGUCGUUAUUGACCUGUGUCUCUGUAGUAAUGAGAAGUGAGAUUGUUGGUAGUGGGAGACAAACCAGCGCCUGUAACAGUAAAUUCUGAAGUGGGACGUGUACUUCGUAGAUUUCCCAUUACAGGACCAGUGUAUCGCCAGCAGUCUCCAGCAUUUUGAGCAAUGUCUCAAGAAAUAUACCAACAGUAACUCAUAACUAUAUUCAGCUGCUGCAGAUAAACUCUUCAAGAGCUGGUAUACUUCCGUACAAUAUGGUAGGGUGGUUUAGUAAGGCGCUGAAAGCCAGUAAGACAGAAGAUCCGGUUUGUGAUUUCUAGCAAACCAGUAUCACAGUCCCUCUUUAUUCUAGGAUUGUUGUCAGACCGUGAAACAGGAAAGUGGCUAUAGAGUUAACCAGUGUAGUAGUGUUUUAGGCACAUCCUUACCUUCCAGCGUCCCUAGUUUAAAAUUUUUUGUAUCUGUGCUCACAAGGUCCCAUUUUUCUUGUAUUCUCCUAUAUAGUGUCUAACACCGUAACUUUCAUAUCUGAACUCUAUUUUCAUUUUUACCAGUAAUAAGUUUUGGUAAGUCAGCUGUGACUAAUUUGAAAAGAAACGCAAAUAAUUGGCAUUGAGGGCUAUAGGAAUAUACUGCUGGCAGACUAUAAUACUGAUAUUUUUAAAGCUAGAAAUGAUUCAGGGGUAGUUAAGUGGACAUUUUCUGCUUUUUUGUUUUUAUCGCUGAACUUUGCUUUACCAACUACAUGAAGAGUUUGGUUACAAAGUAGGAUUUACUGGGAGGAGGGGUUGUUGAUCUGAGUUUUCCAUCCAUAAUCCAAGGUGUUGCUUUGUUGAGAUGUAUGAGAAUUCAUAGGGAAACCUGUAAGGUUAGGAAUUCUUGAAAUUAAAAAAAAAGUGGCAUACUUUUUACUCAUUCUCUUGUAUUGACUAUUAUAUAAAAAUAAUAACCUUCCUACCAGUGUGAGAAACUUUACAGAUAGCCACAAUGGCUGAAAAUGGAGAUAAUGAAAAAAUGACUGCUUUGGAGGCCAAAAUCUGUCAUCAAAUUGAGUAUUAUUUUGGAGACUUCAAUUUGCCACGAGACAAGUUUUUAAAAGAACAGAUCAAAUUGGAUGAAGGCUGGGUACCUUUGGAAACAAUGAUAAAAUUCAACAGGCUAAACCGGCUGACAACAGACUUUAAUGUAAUUGUGCAAGCACUGAGCAAAUCUAAGGCAAAACUCAUGGAAGUCAGUGCAGACAAAACUAAAAUUAGAAGAUCACCAAGCAGACCACUCCCUGAAGUGACGGAUGAGUAUAAGAAUGAUGUAAAAAACAGAUCUGUUUAUAUUAAAGGUUUCCCAACUGACGCCACCCUUGAUGAUAUAAAAGAAUGGCUAGACGAUAAAGGCCAAAUACUGAAUAUUCAAAUGAGAAGAACAUUACACAAAACAUUUAAGGGGUCAAUAUUUGCUGUGUUUGAUAGUAUUCAGUCUGCAAAGAAGUUUGUGGAGAUCCCUGGCCAGAAGUACAAAGACACUAACCUGCUAAUACUCUUUAAGGAAGAUUACUUUGCAAAAAAAAAUGAAGAAAGAAAGCAGAGCAAAGUGGAAGCUAAAUUAAAAGCUAAACAAGAGCAUGAAGGAAGACACAAGCCAGGAAGUACUGAAACCAGAGCUCUAGAAGGAAAGAUGGGAUGCUUACUGAAGUUUUCAGGUGACUUGGAUGACCAGACCUGUAGAGAAGAUUUACACUUCCUUUUCUCAAAUCAUGGUGAAAUAAAAUGGGUCGACUUUGCCAGAGGAGCAAAAGAGGGAAUAAUUCUCUUCAAAGAAAAGGCUAAGGAAGCACUUGAGAAAGCCAGAAAUGCAAAUAAUGGUAACCUACUGUUAAGGAACAAAAAGGUGACUUGGAAAGUACUAGAAGGACAUGCGGAAAAAGAAGCAUUGAAAAAAAUCACAGAUGAUCAGCAAGAAUCCCUAAACAAAUGGAAGUCAAAAGGAGGGCAUGCAGGUGGAAGAUUUAAAGGAAGCCAUGUUUUUACAGCAGCCCGCAGAUUUAAAGGAAAAGGGAAGGGUAAUAGGCCUGGUUAUGCUGGGGCACCCAAAGGAAGAGGACAGUUUCAUGGAAGGAGGACAAGAUUUGAUGAUGAUGAUCGUCGUCGUGGACCAAUGAAAAGAGGAAGAGAUGGAAGAGACAGAGAAGAACCCGCAUCAAAGCAUAAGAAAAGAGAAAAUGGUGCUAGAGACAAGUAGUUUAUUUAGUAAGCAGUGUUUUUAUUCCUUAGUUAGAUUUUAAGCUGCUUUUUGUCUUCAGAAGCUUUUAAAAAGAAAAGCGAAUUAGGUCCACUUCGAUGUCCACCUGUAUAAAAGGAAAAAAUUUUUGUUUUACUUGUCUUCUUUUUGUUGUUAUCCAAAUGAAAGUUUUUUAAAAUGUAUAGUUCUGUUUGUGUUUGGAUGAUUAAAAUAUGAGAAGGAAGAUUCUUCCUCUUAAUUGCCUUUGUAAUAUGAGAAUGUAUUAGUACAGACUUGUAAAAUAUAUACUGUAUAAAAAUAGCCAAUAGUUCUUUCUUCUUUUUAUUUCUCUUAAAACGUUUCACAAAGAACUUCAACUAAAAUAUUGACUCUUGCGAGUAUAAGCCCUUCUUCCCACAGCUAAUUUGUCUAAUCUCUCAGGCUGACUUUAUAUUUACCCAUUUACCUUGGUAAGAGUGGAAAUGACCAUUACAAAAGCUUUUGAAUACUGGAUGUACACAGACUACAAUUGGAAAACUUACAGAUUUCUUUUUAUGAAAGUUGUAUAAUGCUGGUAGAUCAUAUCGAAGCUCUGUUAAAAAAAAAAGCCAAACAUUCAUAUUUAAGAUAUUAAAUACUGAUAUGCAUAACA